GACAGAUGUCGUGCAGCAGGUUUUUGUGACAGGGCGCUGUCGGUGAACGCGCGGGGCGUGUGUGAAGAUAACGCAACCAAGGGCUGGAUGUGUAGACUGUCAGGAACAGAUAAUGCUCCGUAACCGUCGACCCCGGGCUGCAACAAGUCGGUCUUUUUAACGUGAACCUACUGUCAUGCAGUCAAGAGUGAGUCCAGAUACUCUAGUGUUUACAGCACCGCUCGAUACAUUGGUCAUCUGACUUUAUUCAGUAAGUUUCAGCAGAUAAUGAUUAGGUAAGAGACGUAAACUUUGUUUUGGUCGGCGUCUUCUCCAAAUGUAUGGGACAAUGUUGCGAAUGACACGAGUUACUGUACAGAAACUGCAACAGUGUAACAUCGCCUGCUGUCGGUAUGAUACAUUGUAUAAUUUGCCUAACCGGACCUCAAGGCAAUCGUUUGAUGUCCUUGUGUCACCCAUCUAUAAGGGAAGGAACAUGUCCUGGCUCUCUUGUCUCAGAACCAGAGGAUUGUUUGCUCCCAAGAGUGUGUCUACACACUCCAGACACACGGUUUCUCUCUAUAGCACAUCCACGGACUCCAAACAAACCGCAAAGUCUGUGGUAAAUCAGGAGAGUAAAGUUAAAACCUCCGAAAACUCGUUACAUGUUCCCUCAAAAGAUGUCAAGAAGUUGAUGGAGCUGGCGUAUCCUCAGCGAUGGAGACUAACGGCUGCCGUGGGGUUUCUGGUGAUCUCCAGCUCUGUCACUAUGUCUGCACCAUUUUUUCUGGGAAAAGUGAUCGACACUAUCUACACAAGCCCCCCAGAGGACUUCACCUCCUCCCUUACCUCCCUCUGUAUCAUGCUAACAGGGGUCUUCCUCUGCGGGGGCGCUGCAAAUGCUGCUCGUGUUUACCUCAUGCAAAUCUCAGGGCAAGAGAUCGUGCGAAAGUUGCGCGAAUCCCUUUUCUCCUCAAUUCUGAAGCAGGAGGUGGGAUUCUUUGAUAAGACCCGAACUGGUGAGCUCAUUAACCGUCUUUCGGCAGACACCACCAUAGUCGGCCGCUGCCUCACUGACAACCUUUCUGAUGGGCUGCGUUCCCUUGCCCAGGCAGGGGCCGGAGUUGGCAUGAUGUUGUAUGUGUCACCUAGCCUGGCAGCUUUUGUGCUGAUGGUUGUUCCUCCUAUUGCCUGCCUGGCUGUAAUUUUUGGUAAAUUUUUACGAUCCAUAUCAAGGCGCACACAGGAUGCGUUGGCAGAGGCUACACAGUUGGCAGAAGAGAGGAUCAGCAACAUACGGACAGUCCGGGCUUUUGGAAAAGAGCUGACGGAGGUGCAGAAGUACUCGGAAAAGGUUGACUAUAUUUUUGAACUGGCUAAGAAAGAGGCUGUGCUUUCUGCUGGAUUCUAUGGAGUGACAGGACUGAGUGGAAAUGUCAUCAUCCUGAGUGUGUUGUAUAAGGGAGGUCUGCUAAUGGCCAGUGAGGCUAUGACCAUUGGGCAGCUCUCCUCUUUCCUCAUGUAUGCCUUCUGGGUGGGCAUCAGCAUCGCAGGUUUCAGCUCAUUCUACUCAGAGUUGAUGAAGGGGCUUGGUGCUGGUACUCGUCUGUGGGAACUCAUGGACAGAAAACCUGAAUUUCCUCUCAGUGAGGGGCUUGUGUUAAAACCAGAGCAGUUAAAAGGAGAACUGGAGUUUUGUAAUGUGUGUUUUGCAUACCCGACGAGGAAGGAUUCACCCAUCUUUCAAAAUCUGAAUCUGUAUGUGCCAGCGGGGUCAGUAAUGGCAGUAGUGGGAUCCAGUGGUUCAGGCAAAUCCACACUUGUGUCACUGUUGCUACGGCUCUAUGAUCCUGCUUCAGGUGUGGUCACUGUUGAUGGCCAUGAUAUACGAGACUUGAAUCCUUACUGGCUGAGGAGUCACAUCGGUACUGUAAGCCAGGAGCCAGUUCUUUUCUCCUGCUCUAUUGCUGAGAACAUCGCUUAUGGGGCGACAGACCCAAGUCGGGUCACAGUAGAAGACAUCUACAGGGCAGCACAGAUAGCCAAUGCUCAUGACUUCAUCCAGGAAUUCCCUAAGGGCUAUGAUACAGUGGUUGGAGAGAAGGGGGUAUUGCUGUCAGGUGGACAAAAACAAAGAGUUGCUAUAGCACGAGCCAUGCUCAAGAAUCCAAAGAUACUGCUAUUGGAUGAAGCCACAAGUGCUCUGGAUGCAGAGAAUGAGUUUCUGGUACAGGAGGCAUUAGAGAGGCUGAUGCAAGGUCGCACCGUGUUGAUCAUCGCUCACCGACUCUCUACCAUCCAGAGCGCUGAUGCCGUGGCUGUGCUGGACCAGCACCGUGUGAUGGAGAUCGGCAGCCACACCAAGCUCCUUGCCAACGACCAGGGGCUCUUCCGCAAACUGAUGGAGAAGCAGGCCUUCCUGCAGGCCAAACAGAAACAUGCUCUCUCUUAAUAGGUGUAAUUUAAAGACAACAGAGUGAGCGCACAUAAAUUCAAAUGUUUAAAGGUUUUUGAUAUGUUUGAUUGUGUUUUAAGCACUCUGAAAUAACUAAGACUGAAAUGUAGCUAUUUAUCAUAAACUGCCAAGUAACUGGAAACCAGCUGUAUACUUAUCAUUGUUAAUUACAAUGGCAGACAGUCACAGCAUACACGUUGCAGACAUGAUUUAAUACUCAUCCGAGCUACAAAAAACACUGCUUUUUAAAUAGUUUUAUGCUUUCACAGAUUUUUCGAUUUGAAAUAUGAGAAAGCUACUUGAUGCUACUACAUUACUUGUAAUAAAUCAUGUCAGUCCUUCAUUAAGGAACAGGUGAUAAUAAGUUUAUUUAAGUGUACCUAGGGCCUUAGUAAACCAUUUCAUUUGUUUCAUUUGGAAAAUGUACACAAGAAUGGUUUAUGAAAAUUCAUUUCAUGUACACAAAUUCAUUCUGCAUAUGUUUCAUAAGUAAUAUAGAUAAUGAAGCAUUUUGUGAGGGUGAUUACAGAAACAAUGGUGUGUCUGUCCUUUCUUAUCACUUUUGGUAAUGACACAGAUGUCAGUGAAUCGUGCCUAGAUCAUAAACUUCAAAGAUUUUACUGGGAUGUAAUCCAACCCCUACCCAGUUACAGUGCCAUUGUUAUGUGUCAGUAAUGAAGAUGCUGUUUUAGAAGGAGCACCUGUAUGGAGUAUGGACCAUUCUAAAAAAAAAAAAAAAAAGGAUAUAUAUUGUAUUUGAGAACAGACACUAUGACAGAGGUAUUUUAAUGGACAUUUUUUAUACAUAUAUAUAAUUUGGAUAAGAUUAAAUUUAUUCAGAAUUUUAGAAGAUUUUAAUGCUUAGUGUGGUAACUUAUUAGGUGUCAGUUUGUGAAAUGUAUAUGUUUGACUGUUGUUUGUUUAUUUUCUAUUGUUUUAUCUGUACUCUUAAUAAAUUACCUUGAAACAUUGAUUACUUAAAA